AGGCUUUUUGGGUGUUCCUGGUUUGUUCCCCAAAUAUAUCAUUAGUGGCUUAGUCUUUUAUCUCUACCAGCGUGUUUGCUUUCUAAGCAGCACCUGUUUGUACCCAUAUGGAUCACAUGGGGAUUUGUUUUUUACUCAACAUCAAUGAUAAAAGGCAACACAAGAAGCUUGCACCCUACCGAUUGAAGCGAGAAAUAAGAUGAGGAAUCACGAGCAAAAGGAAGCAGUAGAUAUCAGCUCAAGUAGCAAGAAGAAAAACGGUGCAAAUCAGUCGGUGUUGAUAUGCUGCAAGAUCUUCUCUGAAUCUCGUAGCCGUGAACCCCUUGACGCAAUAGAGAGAGCAGCAAGGCUAGAUCCGGAUACUGUGAUCGUCAACAAAUUUGAGGACCGAGCAUAUAACAGGACACGCUUCACUCUUGUUUCGUACGUUGCUCAUGACAGCACGGGUAGUGCCAUUUAUAGCCCCUUGCAACAAACUGUCCUGUCCAUGGUUGAGGCUGCUUAUGGAACCAUAAACCUCGAGCUGCAUUCUGGUACACACCCUCGGCUCGGUGCGGUCGACGACAUCGUUUUGCAUCCCUUGGCUCGGGCAUCCUUGGACGAAGCAGCUUGGCUUGCGAAGGCUAUCGCAGCAGACAUUGGCAACCGAUUCCAAGUGCCAGUGUUUUUGUUCGGUGCGGCACACCCAACAGGGAAGGCCCUGGAUAACAUCAGGCGGGAGCUCGGCUACUACAGGCCCAAUGCCAUGGGCAAUCAAUGGGCAGGCCAGGCUUUGCCUGAAACGCUCUCUGUAAAGCCCGACGAAGGGCCAACCAGUGUAUCUCGGGCUAAAGGCAUCACCAUGAUCGGGGCAAGCCCAUGGGUUGGACUGUACAACGUGCCCGUUAUGUCGACUGAUGUCUCGGUGGCUCGUCGUAUUGCGAGAAUGGUGAGUGCGAGAGGAGGUGGUCUUCCAACGGUCCAAUCACUGGGCCUGGUACAUGGUGAGAACUCGAUCGAGAUAGCUUGCAUUCUUCUGGAGCCGAAUCGGGUCGGAGCAGAUAAAGUGCAGUCCCGAGUUGAGAUGCUUGCUGCCCAAGAAGGGUUGGAUGUGGAACAGGGCUAUUUCACCGAUUCUCCACCUGAAAUGAUACUUGAAAAAUAUCUGAACUUAAUUUCUGGUAACAGAGAUUGAUAAUAAAAUGGGUCAUUGUGCAGUUUACAUUUGACCCUUCCAAUAAAUCUUGUAAUAUAAGCAUCUGUGACCCUUCCAAUAAUUCCAGAGUUUCAUGUACAUUAUCCCACAAGUAGUCUGUGAA